AUGAAGCAUGAAGAGAUCAAGGACAAAGACAACGUUUCCACAGUGACCCAGUUCGUCCUCUUGGGAUUCUCUGACCUUCCGGAACUCCAAGGGUUUCUAUUUGUGAUGUUCUCCACAAUGUACUUUAUUAUAUUAACUGGAAAUUUCCUCAUAAUAUUAAUAACCAGGCUUGACCCUGCGUUACAGAAGCCCAUGUAUUUUUUCCUUGCAAAUUUUUCUUUUCUGGAGAUCUGUUAUGUAUCUGUCACUGUCCCUAGGAUUCUGGUCAACAUUUGUACUCAGGAUCGAAGAAUUUCUAUUCUGACUUGUGCUACUCAAAUGUGCUUUUUCCUAAUUCUGGGAGCCACUGAAUGUUUCCUCCUGGCUGUGAUGUCCUAUGACCGCUAUGUGGCCAUCUGCACCCCUCUGCACUAUCCUCUGGUCAUGAACCCAACAAAGCGCUUUCAGCUGGCAACAGGUUCCUGGCUCGGCGGCAUCCCGGUUCAGAUAGGACAAACCUGUCAGAUAUUUUCUCUGCAUUUUUGUAAUUAUAACCACAUAGAUCACUUCUUCUGUGACUUACCCCCUAUUCUGAAGCUGGCCUGUGGGGACACUUCUGUUAACGAGCUGUGUGUCUUCCUAGUGGCUGUCCUGUUUGCUGCAAUCCCUUUUUUGUUGAUACUCGCAUCUUAUAGCAGAAUAAUUGCCACCAUUCUGAGAUUGCCGACAGCCACAGGACGGGCUAAAGCCUUCUCCACCUGCUCGUCCCACCUGCUGGUGGUGUUUUUAUUUUUUGGAUCUGCUACUAUUACUUACUUGAGGCCGAAGUCCACUCAUUCUCCAGGAAUUGACAGACUGCUCUUUCUGUUAUACACCAUCGUGACACCCAUGUUCAAUCCUAUGAUAUACAGCCUUAGAAACAAAGAGGUCAUUGCCGCCCUGAGAAAACUGGUACUUAGAAAAUAG